GGAAUAAGACACUUAAGAGAAGCGCUGUGGAGUCGCGUCACUUUGCGUGGAUCAUUAUCAUAACUGUUUUUUUACGGGGGAAAAAAAAGUGUGACACAGUUUAAUAUCUGGACUUUGGGGACGACCUUUCAUUUCUGACCGCGCGUAUAUUUUUGUGCCUUUUCUUGACGUUCCUGUUUUUGUUUUUUUUUUCCCGAGCCGGGUGAAAUUACACCUCCAGGACUUUUUUGUCAACUCAAAACAAAGUCACCAUGGCAGAAACGUCGGCAGCUCCAGCCAAAGCCAAGAAGGCAUCAAAGCCCAAGAAGGCUGCCUCUCAUCCAAAGUACUCGGACAUGAUAAAAGCGGCCAUCAUUCACGACGCCAGCCGGAGCGGAGCGUCCCGUCAGUCCAUUCAAAAGUACGUGAGGAAGAACUUUAAGGUGGGCGACAACGCCGAUGUACAGAUCAAAAUGGCCCUGAAGAGGCUGGUGGCAUCCGGGAUGCUGCGCCACACCAAAGGCAUCGGCGCGUCCGGAUCCUUCAGGUUGACCAAACCAGAGGACUCCAAAAAGCCGGUCAAGGCGGCCGCGUCACCCAAACCAAAGAAGGCAGCGAAGCCCUCAAAACCCAAGAAGGCGGCCAAACCCAAGAAGGUGCCCAAGACGCCGGAGAAGCCCAAGAAAGCAGCUGCAAAGAAAGUGAAAAAGGUGGUGAAAAAGGCGACGCCGGCGAAAGCCAAAAAGGCACCAGCUAAGAAACCCAAGGCAGCCAAGCCUAAGGCAAAACCAGUAAAGAAGGCAGCCAAGCCCAAGGCUAAGGCUCCCAAAAAGGCAGCCAAAACAGCGAAAAAGAAGUAAAAGGACACUAUCAGAGACUGUAAAUACUUAUGGAAAUGUUUUUUCGUAUAUGUAUUAUUUUUGUAAGGUCUCAUGCAAACUUAUGCCGUUUUUACCAGUAGUGUUUCCUCCAUUGCACUAUAGCCCAGAGAAGCUGUAGAAAUAAUUGUGAGCAUUUUUAUUACGUUAAUAAUACUGUUAUCGUUUCUGUCUGGUGGUCCUUGGAUACAUAUAUAGACUAGACUGGGAUCUUGCUGAAAAGGGAAAACGUGUAUAUACAUUUUAACUAAUGAACAGUUAUUGUUAGUGCACGGGUUCUAUAGUGAAAAUACAAAUGUUUCAAUGGUGAGCAUUGUUGAGCCUUCACAAUGUACAGACCACAGGCAGCAGGCGUCAGCAAGAUUUUCCUAAAGGCUCUAUAGUUGUCAUUCAGCCUCCAUUCUGUAUAUUUUCUCAUGUUCAGAAGACUCGUAAUAUACAAACAUCCCACUGUGUUCGGUCUCUUUGAAAGACUAUUUACACUGCAGUCCAAUAAACCUUUGUCAUCUUCUACUAAA